CUCGCCCCCGUGGUGGUGGGCGGCCCGGCCCUGGCUCGGCGGCCGGCGCGGGCUCAUGGCGGAGUUCUAGGUCAAAUGAUUAGUUCUGUGACAAGACAGCAUGACACUUUGAAGUAUGACAGAAGCCCCGAUGCCGCAACAGAAGCUGGGAAUAUUAAUGGCCAAAUCUAGAGAUCACAUGGUCUUCUAAAGAAGUCAUGGGUAGCUGUUGUAGCUGUCCAGAUAAAGAAACUGUCCCAGAUAACCAUCGAAACAAGUUUAAGGUUAUUAAUGUGGAUGAUGAUGGUAACGAGUUGGGUUCUGGCAUAAUGGAACUCACAGAUACAGAACUAAUUUUGUACACCCGUAAAAGGGACUCUGUAAAAUGGCACUACCUCUGUCUCCGUCGCUAUGGCUACGACUCAAAUCUUUUCUCUUUUGAAAGUGGUAGAAGGUGUCAAACUGGACAAGGAAUCUUUGCCUUUAAAUGUGCCCGUGCAGAAGAGCUAUUUAAUAUGUUGCAAGAGAUAAUGCAGAAUAAUAGUAUAAAUGUGGUAGAAGAACCAGUAGUAGAAAGGAAUAACCAUCAAACUGAGUUGGAAGCUCCAAGAACCCCUCGAACACCUACCACUCCUGGGUUCAAUGCACAGAGUUUACCUAAUGGCUAUCCCAGAUAUCCGUCUUUUGGAGAUGCUUCAUCACAUCCUUCCAGCAGGCACCCUUCUGUUGGAAGUGCACGCCUCCCCUCUGUUGGUGAAGAAUCAACGCAUCCUCUACUUGUAGCAGAGGAGCAAGUGCACACUUACGUCAACACUACUGGUGUACAAGAGGAAAGAAAAAAUCGAUCGAGUGUGCAUGCGCCACUGGAAUCAAAGCUUUCAAACACUGAAACAACUAAAGUAAAAGAAGAUCAGAUAUGUACUGAUGACAGAGAUGCUCACGUUCUCCUGGAGCCUGAAGGAGUCAAGUUUGUUUUAGGACCAACCCCUGUUCAAAGGCAAUUAAUGGAAAGAGAGAAACUGGAGCAACUUGGGAGAGACCAAGUUAGUGGCAGCAGCACAAACAAUACUGAAUGGGACACUGGGUACGACAGUGAUGAACGUAGAGAAACACCAUCUGGUAAUAAGUUGGUGUAUGAAAAUAUAAAUAGGUUAUCAAUCCCUAGUGCCUCGGGGGUCAGGAGAGGUCGUUUGACAUCCACCAGUACCUCAGAUACCCAGAACAUUAACAACUCUGCUCAGAGGAGAACUGCGCUGUUGAACUAUGAGAACUUGCCAUCCUUGCCUCCAGUUUGGGAAUCCCGCAAGCUGAGUAGAGAUGAAGAUGACAGUUUAGGACCAAAGACCCCAUCUCUGAAUGGCUACCACAAUAACCUAGAUCCAAUGCAUAAUUAUGUCAAUACAGAGAAUGUAACAGUACCAUCAAGUGCUCAUAAAAUAGAAUUUCCACGACGUCGGGACUGUACCCCAACAGUCUUUAACUUUGACAUUAGACGUCCGAGUUUAGAACACAGGCAGCUCAACUACAUACAGGUUGACUUGGAAGGUGGCAGUGACUCCGACAACCCUCAGACUCCCAAAACCCCCACCACUCCACUUCCACAAACUCCAACCAGGCGCACAGAGCUGUAUGCUGUGAUAGACAUUGAAAGAACUGCUGCUAUGUCAAGCCUGCAAAAAGCACUGCCCCGAGAUGAUGGUACUUCUAGGAAAACUAGACAUAACAGUACUGACCUGCCUAUGUGAGCCUGGGAAGCAUUAAAUCAUUUGCACCUUUUGUGAAGUUUAUAAAAUUGAAGAUGCAAGUACUUUGCAUUUCUUAACACUAACGCCUUUUAUAGACUAAUAGAACUUUUUCUGCAUACUUCAUGUACUUGUCUAACUAAAGGGAAUUAAUGUAGAGCAAGUAUUCAUUUACGUAACACUAUUUCAUUCUAUGGUAGUAAUUACUGCAUAGCAGCAUCGCCACCUUUCACAGUGCCUCUUUAAAUUGAUUAGAGUCUGAGUGACAUGCCAGUUUUGAAUUUAUAAAUAUUCUGGUUUGGUGCCUAUAGUCGUUAAUGGCAUUUAUAACACUUUUUAAAGCCUCUUGAUAUAUGUGUUAUUAGCAGGUAAACCUAAUCUUUCAAGACAGAUAUCUACAUUCGUUUCUCAUUGACGUGGCUCCUUCAGAAUGAAAUGUAUGUAAUUCAUUAACUCAGUUUGAUGUACACAAGAUGUAUUGGUUCAUCUCAAGGGAUAUAAAUACCAAACUUUUUUUUUUUCUUCUUCAUCAAAGACCAUAUGGGCAAGAAGGCAUUUAAUUCCCUGUAGUUUUCUUUAAGUGGUGUGAUAUUUGAGAGGUCACAUCAAAGUCCGUUGAUCAUUGCUAUAAACACAUCUAAACCCAGCCUUAAGCUACUUCAGAUAGAAGAGAAUUCCAAGUGGCAUAUCAUGUUCUCUGUGAAAUCAGAUGGAUUUUAGAGUUUUUUUGUGAAGGAAUUCACAGGUUGGCUAUAUGAAUUAAGGCCCUUUUGUCAUUUCUUAGUUCACUGUGCCUUCCUUUCUUUGCAUUUGUGUUUCUUUUUAUCUGUUGUUUUAAGAGUCAAAAUUUUGUACAUAGCUUUAAUUAUUGUUCAGGGUUGUGUAUGUGUUUGUCUCACUCUCUGCAUUUGACAAAGAAAGACUCUUGAAGGUCAAAUGUUUGUCUUUGUCCAGCGUUGUACUUCUUUAUGCCUGACUGAGAUAUCCCAGCUCUCCAGCAGCAUGCAUUAUUGCACAACUGGAAAGGUUUAUUAUGCAGUCAUUGUCUUCCUCUAAAGAUUCAGACACAGGUUACGUGGGAGUCAGGGUACUGGACUUCGUAGUUCUUUGUAGGAAACUGUACAUUCUAGCAAUGUGCAUCCAUAGUUGAUAGUAUAAUUUAGAAAGAAAUGUAGUAAAUUAUCUGAAGGUAGUAUUAUCUAUGAGUAUACUUCUUUUCCUUUUUGCAGUUGGUGAAUUUGGUUUCAAUAAUAGCUGCACAGUGUUACAGGUACAUCCAAGCAGAAUGUCAUUUGAAUAUGCCAGAUGCACCCUUAGUAGAAAUUGUUUCCUUUUCUCAAUGCUCUGAAUAAUUUUAGAAUUCUGGCAGUAUUGCAGGUGCACCUUGGUACUAGCAGCAGCAGAGGUUACUCUUGAGCCUGUAAAGGAACUGACACUUGUGAACUGGUGUGAUGUAAAAUAACCCUUGAACUUUGUGAGGAAAAACAUGCAAGAAAAGCCAUGUGAAGAUCUGAAAAAUAAAUAAGGGUCUUCAUGCAAUAUUUAAAGCUGUGUUAUUUAAAAAUAUAUAUAUUUUUUCAGGUUUUUAAAUUGGAGUGUAUCCCUGUAUCUUUGUUAACUCUUUCUUUGGUCUUCUCUCAGUUUUUAGUGGUAGCAACGGUAGCAUCUGAAAUACAUGUUUCUUGCCACAUCAUUAAGGGAUAUCAGGCAAGCUUUUAACUGAAAGACUUUAAUUAUUCUUUAUAGACUGUGUGGUAUCGAAAUACCAGGUUUACAGAGAACACAAUUUGCAGAAGUAAGAGAUGGAUGUGCUGAGACCAUUACGAGGAACUUAAUGAGAUAAUUAAUGAUUUCAUUGUCAACCUAUGCAAACUGUUGUGAUAGAUUUUUUGAUUUGUGGGGAGAACUUGGUAUUCAAGAAGGUGAAGACUACCUAGAACUAGAGAUUUUUACAGGUCUGCAGUGUUAAUGCUCCUUCAUAUCUUUUCCGUUGCUUUACCUUGUGUUAUGGACCAGUCGUACUGAAGAGAAGCUAUGAGGUGUUGCACAAUACUAGGUUAAUGAUGCUGGUGUGGUUCUUGUUCUUAAUUUAGGAACAUAUGUUUAAGCACACUUAAAUCUGUGAGCCAGCCUACUGCUUCAGCAUGUGUUUUGAGGCAAAUGUGUGUGAUCUAGAUAGCUGCCUAGAAGUAUUUGGUCCUCAUCUGUAUGGUACAGGUGCCUCAAAUUCUGAUUAACUGAACCCCUGUAACACAGCUGUGAGGCAGAGGAGCAAUAUUCAUAAUUGUCAGAUAGGGAAACAGACCUAGUGCAGGUCCAAAGUAAGCUGCCAAAAUUACAAGAAAGAUCCCUCCUUAGUUCUGGUGCACUGCCCUAUGCAUUUAUCCUAGUCUCAAAAGAAGAGAUGAUCUGAAUAAUAUAUAUAUAUAUAUAUUUUUUUUUUAAUGUAAGUUUCACAGUACUUCAUGUGGGGUAUUUUCUUAGGUCUGGUCCCCAGAACUGAGAACUCAUUGAGAUUUUGUUCUCUAUGAUUUCUGAAUGCAUAGCCAUGGCAUUAUUUUUCUUCUUGUUUUUAAUAUAUACUAAAUGAAAUACUCACCGAGCAGAGUCAAGUGAAAACUUUGUGUAGCCUUAGCUAUAUUAACAAAUCUGGCACCAUAUGUUCUAGGACUAUAUUUUAUAUCCUCUUCUACAGGUGGAAUAACACUUUCUUGUUUUGUGUAAGCUGCAAACGUACUGGGUGGUCCCGUUACCUGCACUGCUCAUCUUUAGCCUUCUUUUUAUUUCUCUAUUUUAUGACCCUUGAAGUAGAUGUAGUUGUGAUGCACUUUACCCUUUGAGACUUGGUAAAUGUAUUUUCAGUCUCUUUAAAGGUUGUGUUGUUAGGUUUAGUGUCUGUAAUUUAGGAUUGAGUUUUCAGCUGAAGUCUCACCACAGUAUUUAGCUCGUAUUUAUUUUGGCCCCACAGGUGUAUAGAGUGAGAACCUUCAAGUAGGUAACAAAUUUCUGUAGUAACUAAGACUAAGUUUCUACACAGUAGGUCCUACAAGAAUGGCAACACCGCUACCAGUUCUACUGUUCUUCCAUAGCAUGCAAUUGGCUGCUGCCCUUCAAGCACGUUUAACGAGGGAAAGCCUUUAACUGUAGAUAUUCCUUCAGUGCAAUGACUUGUGAAAGACAUUGGAGUAUCUUUUAAAGAAAGAAAAUGUCAAAGCAGUGACCAAAAGUAUGUAAUAAAAUUGUACUGGAAAUACACUCAGUGAGAAUCUAAUCCGUUGGUUGUAUAACAAAAAUAUUUCUCCUCAAAUCGAUACGAAGAGGGAAUCCAAUUUUAAUUUGGUAGUGUUUCCCUGCAGCUCCAGAAGAAAAUUAAAAAAUGACUUUUAGCCGUUAUUCCUGACUGUUUUUUUUCCCCCCAUAAGUACGUUUUGCAUAUGUGUUAAAUUUAAUGGUGUGCAUUGAAACGCUAUUCUUACUAAAGUCUACGAACCUUUUGUAGAAAUCUGAAGGGUUUUAAAUAUAUUGCAUAUCAUAAACUGCUUAAUUUCCACCCCCCUCGCUGCCCCAGGUACCUAAACAUUCUUGUGUAUUUAAAGCUCUGAAUAGGGCUUCGGUAUAGAAAUGACCAGGGAAGGAUCUUAGCUGUAUCAGGUUCAAAACAACGUCAGAGAAAGGGCUGCUCUUUUGCUGGAAACUGGCCAGCAGUUGCUUUUGCUGGAUUUUUGACUGUGUGUUUGCUCAGAAUCUGUUUUUUAUGUAACUGUUUCACAUUGAGAUGGAAUCAUGAAAUGGUAAAUUGCCUUCACUGUUGGGGAAGUAAAACUGCAAGUUCUGGUCAGCUUCAUAUACUACUUUGAGCAUAUCAUGCUGUAUUUGAUUUGGACCUCUAUUUCUGAGCAGUAUUCUCCUCUUUGUGUAAUGUGGAUUCAAUGGUGGGUUGUUUUGUUUUUUUUUUUUGCACUGUACGAACUAACCUAGUGGUUGCAAAUAAGAUAAAACUGAUUUAUUAGGAACUGGUAGUUGACUGGGAUCUGAAGUUUUUCUGUAACCCCAAGAAGCCAAAAGAAAAUUGAACCUUCUUGUUUGAUAGACAGAAUUAAGUGGUUUUGGAAUUUAUUCUUAAGAUCUUUUCCCAUCUUUUCUUUGAUACAACAAAUCAGGUGUUUAUAUUUGACAGUAUUCACUUAAUAUCAACUUAAAUUCAUUUACAUCUUUAUUUUAAAUUCAUAUACACUCCAAAAAAAAAAAAAAAAAAAAGAAAAAAAAAAGAAAAAAAAGAAGAAAUUCCAUCACAAAAGACUGCGUUAAGAUGGAGUCAAGGCUGUUGGCGUCCUUCAUACAUAGCGUGCAUUGAAAAGACACAAAGUCAUGAGCAAAGGUCCUUUCACAAUCUUUAGAAAUUACUUCCUCCUUUGGACAAGAUAAGUGAAUUAAAAAAAAGUCUUAGUAACUGUAACUCUGACCAUUUGUACGUUAUUUCUUGUGAUAUUGUGCUGUAAGGUAUGUGACUAAGUUGUCAGAUGUCUUAUGAGGAUGUUAUCCUAAUGUGGUGUUUGCUCCAGAUUAACGCAGUGUUUUGUUUGGAACUGUAGGUGUACAGAUAGAACAUGAGAUAUAAAGUUACCUUUAUGGUUGAUGAAACGAGUUUUGGACAUUUCUAUAUUUUUUAUAUAUUACAAAGGGCAUUUUGAAUUCUUUUCUUGCAGUUUUAAUAAUUACUUCGUGUGGCAAUAUACAUACAUUGUGACACUGUUUUCUGAUAUACCCAUUACUUUGGUGUAAUUCUAUUUUAUGUAGCAAAUAUGUGUAUAUACAAAGGAGAUUCUGUACAAAUCCGAUUAUGAAAUAGGCUCGAGCCCUUUGGAACAGGGACUGUCUUCCUGCGUGUCUGCAAAGCCCUUCAUGCCUCGGGGUCCCAGCCACAGCUCCCAUCCGAGACCUGUGGUGAAUAAACUGUCAAGAGAUGAAUGUGAAGGAGCAGCUGUUCUACUCUCUGAAGAACCUCAGUACAAAGGUGCCAUGAAGCUCACCUUGCCGCUCCUCAGUGCCAUGCCAUGUGUGGUUACUCCCAACCACUUGCCAGCAGCCCAGAGAGCCUGGGGUCGGUGCGUCCUUUGCUCUGGUCCUGUCCUUUGGCAAUAGAAAAGGAAGUCUGAGGUAGGAGCUUUGAUGUCAGAGAAUCUGCCUUCCUAGUGCUUGGGCCUCAUGCAGCAUCCCUUGAAGCCAAACUAAUUCAUACCUGCGUCUGGGCCUCCGAGUGUGUUCCUACAAGAUUGAGUUCUGCUGACAGCAGCUCUGUUGUACCUGAGGACCUUGUUGGUCAAGUUCUUCAGGAAUGGUCUAAAAAUACUGUAAAAAUAUAAAUAUAUUUAAUUACAUGUACUGAAAACAGAAAUCCUAUUUGUUGUGGUCAGAGUUCAGAUUACUAUGUGAGUUUUGAUUUCGUAGUCGUACCUGCAUAUAUAUUGCUUUAACUAUGUUGUAUGAGAGGAAGUGAUUCUAAAGUGUGUGAAAGGUCAGGAUUACACCUGUAUUUGUAAUGGUUGUGUUAUUUAGGAAUGGAUAUCAGUGAACUUAACUCCAUAUUAAUGCAGUUUUUUUGCAUUAGAAUAUGUGUGUAUAUCAUACACCUGCAUUUUAUAUAUAAUAUAUUAUAUAUUUGGUACUAACUUUGUAUUUCCCCUGAAAUUUGCCAAAUCUUGAAGACAAAUGUUCUCACUUGUAAGACUUUGGUACUUAAUAACUGAAUGUAUAUGAAAUGCUCUGGUAUGAAAGACAGCAAUGUUGUAGAGUUCCCCACGAUACAGAUGUCUCAACCAGCAGGCAUGUUGCCUUUUUUUGCGUGUUACAUCUCAAUCCACUGCAGCAUCACCUUAUGUCUCAUGAAAUAUUGUCUGUGUUUUACCUAAACUGCGGAGCUGCCCUUACAAUACAGCUGACAACAGUUCUAUCGUGUGUGCUGGCUGGUAGGAAUAAGAAUACAAUAGUCACCAGUGUGCCACAAAUGCAUUUAUUAAAUGCAGAAAUACACAUUUCUACAAAGGCCAAAAUCUUAUGUUGUAUGUUCCUUUCUUGUCAUUAUAUUGUAUGAUAUUGUAAGAUUAUUGUAUGUCCUAAUUUGCAUUAUAAAAUGUUUUUCCUACUUAAAGGCAUAAAUAUAGCAACUUUGUAUAAAGGUAGCUUUCUAGAUUUUUAUUUCUUUUAUAUAAAAAGGUCUAAACAGUGAGAGUAUCAUUGCCAAACUGUUUAUAAAAUUUCAGUUAAUUUACCCUGUUUGAUGAAUUUGUUUUUACAAACAUUCCAUAUUUCUUUUAAGAAAAUUAUAUUAUACUAUGCAGAAAGAGUGUAUUUUUAUGCCAUUCCACGUUAAUCUUAAAACAAAAAAACCUUGAAAAACAAUUUCCCCCCUUGUUUUAAGCUAUCCUUACUGAGAAAGCUUACCAAAUGUUCCUUUUUAAAGAUGUGUUAUGUAUUACGACAACAUUUUCCCCUUUACCAGUGCCAACUUCAUUUGGAAAAAAAAAAAUAAUAAUUGUAGCAUGGCAAUAAACUAUUGAUUUUACAUUGAAAA